ACAGACACCCGUGUGCACAAUCAUUGUGUAUUGGCACGACUUGUGUAUUGGUAUUAGUGUUGGUACCUAUUGCAAAGUGACAGUUUGCUACUUUUUUCAGCAUUUUUCACUGAUAUAAGCUGUGUGAAUCAAGCUACUGUGUAUGAAAUAAGCAAAGUUUAUUUUUCUUCUUGCACUGUGAUUAUAUGUAGACGAGCUAAUUUACACUAUUUAAAGCAUUACAAUUUUACCUGACAAAAUAGACUAGCGUCUAAGACAAACUUGUUGUUUUUUAAGAAUUGUUUUUAUUUUUAAAGAAAAAGGUUUAGGUUGUAUUAAUUGAAGCGGCGUCUUUUGGACGGUUGGUUUUUUUUUCUCAUUCUGUGUUCCCGUGGCGUUUGUGCAGAAUAACACAAUCAACAUGGGUGUUCCUAAAUUUUUUCGCUAUAUCAGCGAAAGAUACCCAAAUUUAAGUGAAUUAGUGGGAUCGGCUGAGCUACCACAAUUUGACAACAUGUAUUUGGAUAUGAAUGGCAUUAUUCACGUUUGCUCGCAUCCCGACGAUUCGAAUAUUCAUUUCCGCAUGAGUGAAGAGCAAAUGUUCCGGGACAUUCUACACUAUAUUGAUACAUUGUUCCACAUGAUUCAACCACGUAAACUCUUUUUCAUGGCUGUUGAUGGCGUUGCACCACGUGCCAAAAUGAAUCAACAACGGAGCCGAAGAUUUCAAUCGGCCAGAACUGCGCAAGAACUAAUUGAAAAGGCAAAGAAAGCAAACGAAAAAUUGCCCGACGAAAGUCGUUUUGAUAGCAAUUGUAUUACACCCGGCACGGUAUUUAUGGAGCGACUUCAACAGGCGUUCAAGCAUUUUGUCAAGUUGAAAUUGUCCACCGAUCCAGCAUGGCAACAUUGUCGUGUCAUUUUAAGUGGGCAUGAGACUCCGGGCGAAGGAGAGCACAAAAUCAUGGAGUAUAUUCGUUAUUUGAAGGCACAACCAAGCUAUGAUUCAAACACACGGCAUUGUUUAUAUGGGUUGGAUGCUGAUUUGAUUAUGCUAGGACUGUGUACACACGAAUUGAAUUUCGCAUUGUUACGUGAAGAGGUUAAGUUUGAUAAGAAUGCAAAGCGCGCGCCAUCGGUUGACGAAACGAAAUUCUAUUUGCUUCACUUGGGAUUGCUGCGUGAUUAUCUCGAAUUGGAAUUUAUCGAACUGAAGCCAGCGCUAAAGUUUGAAUAUGAUUUGGAAAAAAUUAUCGACGACUGGAUUUUUAUGUGUUUUAUGGUCGGCAAUGAUUUCUUACCAAAUUUACCAAAUCUACAUAUCAACUCAAAUGCUCUGCCAAUCCUAUACAAAGUAUACAAAUCAGUAUUGCCACAAUUGGAUGGUUAUAUGAAUGAAGCGGGUAAAUUGAAUUUGAAACGAUUUGAGGUGUUCAUGGGUGGAAUGAGCAGUAUUGAUCGUGAUCUAUUCCGUGACAAAUAUGAAGACCUGAAAUAUAUGGAAUCCAAACAAAAUAACAAUGAAACAUUCGGCAACGAUUUCGUUGAAAUAACCGCAGAAACCAAGUCUGAUUUAGAUGACCUGAUUAAGAAGACCAAUCUUGACUUCGGUUCGGAUAAAAGUAGCUCCGAAUCUCUUUGUGGCAGUGAUGAUGAAUUUAUGUUUGGCGGUCAAGAUCCGAAGGAAGUUUUCAAGGAUUGUGAAGAAGAGGAGGAACUCUCCGACGAAGAACUAUUCGAAAAGGAAUUUGCAUUGCACAAACGCGAUUAUUAUAUAAAUAAACUCAAGUAUCCGGAAAUGACUAAGGAUGUCUUGGCUGAGCAGACAAAGUGCUACAUCACAGCAUUACAAUGGACAUUAUACUAUUAUUAUCGUGGCGUAUGCUCUUGGUCAUGGUAUUAUCCACAUCACUAUGCUCCGUACAUGUCGGACAUUUCGAAAUUCGCGAAUCUUGAGCUGAAUUUCAGUUUGGGCAAACCAUUUUUGCCCUUUGAACAAUUGUUGUCCGUAUUACCAGCGGCCAGUAAAGAGUUGUUGCCAAAUGCAUACCAUAAAUUAAUGACUGAUCCAUCCAGUAAGAUCAUCGAUUACUAUCCCGUUGAUUUUGAAACGGAUUUAAAUGGAAAGAAACAAGAAUGGGAGGCAUUGGUUUUAAUCCCAUUCAUUAAUGAGCUACGACUGAAAGACGCAAUGAAUGAUUGCAACGAUAAGCUCACCGAUAGCGAACGUGGUCGCAAUAAGCAUGGACCGAUGCUACAGUAUGACUACUCUCCAACCGACUAUGGUUCGUUGGAUGAAUGCUUCGGUCAACAAAUGAUUGGUCACGUAUUUUGUAAGGAAACCAAAAUCGAUCGAUCCGAAAUCAUUGUACCUGCCGAUCAAUUGGUGUUGGGACCGUGUGCAGGCGCACAAAAAGAGGCUUAUUUCCCCGGUUUUCCCACCAUGAGACAUUUAAAACACUCAGGCAAAUUGGAAAUGAAGCGUGUCAAAGUGUUCCAUCUGCCAACGCGUAGCGAAUCGAUGAUCAUCAAAAUUGAUGAAACUCCACCGAAUGUUGAUAUAGAAACACUAGCUCAACAAUUUAUCAAUAAGGAAAUUUAUGUCGGUUGGCCUCAUCUGAGAGAAGCCAGGUGCUUUGCGGUUAGUGAUGCUAAAGUGAAAAUUGAAGAAACUGGCAUCGAGAAAUUCGAUAGCAGCAAUGGCAACGGCGAAUUUAAAAUGCUCGCAAAAUUUGUUGAGGGCCAUCAUAUGACCCGGCUUGGUGUUGAUUUAGGUGAAGUGAAUCAGCUGCUGCACGUGUAUCCAUUAAUGAACCGCGAAUACUUGAACACUGGCGAUGGCAGACUCACUCUGUCGAAAAGUUGGUCGAAAAUUGCAUUGCCCGUGGCUCCAAUAACAGUUGUACAAAAUUUGGUUGUAUUUGCCAAGGACAUGGAGAGCUUCAAAAAGGUUGAAGAUGUUUUCACAAUGGGAUCAACCGUUUUCUUGAUGAACAAAGGCUAUUAUGGAUGUGAGGCUACAAUUUCUGACUCAAAGUUCUACAAUGGGCGAAUCAAAUUGUCGACCACUGCACAUCCAACGCCUGACUUUAGCGAGGCAAAACAGUCUCAUCAAGAAGAGUUGUGCGGUUAUAUGAAUUCAUUUACAGCUAGCUCGCAAAUUGGCAUGACGUCACACAUGUUCAAUCGCAUCACCGGCGUUGUUUUUGUAUACGCCGGACAAAAACGGUACCCAAUUUCGGAUUCCGAUAGGAAGUUCAACAUUGGACUUCAGCUAAAACAACUCAAACAGAAUGAAGAAGUACCCGGUUACACGAAGAGUAUCAACAAUCAAUGGCUUUACUCUCAAGAAGCCAUCAAUGUGGUGCACACGUAUGCCGAGAAAUUCCCACGACUAUUCCAAUUGAUGAAUAAACAGAGUAACGCACACACCGAUCCAUUGUUUGAAGACGAGUUGAAUAUGGGACAAAAGGAGGAUGAUGAGGGUGUUUUGAAGCAAAUCCAAAAAUGGCUCAAAGACUUGCCAUGCAGAUCGAUUGCUCGCCAGCCAUGCGGUACCGAAUGUCUUUCAAUUCCCUUAGCUGGACAAGUUGCGAAAACAAUCGAAUAUCUUCAGAAUGAACCAAUCCGAAAAGUGACUCUGCAAGUGAGACCGCAUCUUUUGUAUAAGCCAAAUUUGAAUGAUAUUAAUGUGGUGCCCGAUCCGACGGCUACAUUUGAGCUAUUCGAUCGCGUUGUCAUUGCUCGUGAUCAAUAUUCAGUGCCAUUGGGAACGUGUGGAACAAUCAUUGCCAUUUUGCCCAGAACCGAUCCAAAUCCAAUCCGUCAAGAGAAUAUCAAUGUUGUCGAGUAUAUUUAUGAAGUUUUGUUCGACAAACCAUUCGAACUGGGCACAUCGAUUCCUGGCGUGGCUGAAAAACGUAUUUUCCGAGUACGCAAAUCGGUGUUGAUCAACAUCACACAUGGAUUAGGUCGCCCAUUCAAAGAGCAGUACAAUCAACGCAUGAAUGGAAACGGGCCGCGUCAAAGAAACGGUGUCGUCAAUGAGCAACCACCUCCAAACGCCUGGAGAAUGCCCGAACGAAAACCAACUGAACGUAAAGAAAACGUGGUUGCGAAUGAAGCUAAGUCGAAACAAAUUGAACCGCCCACCGCUUGGAGAGUACUUGAAAGAAAACCGGCUGAACGUAGCGAAGAAGUGGCUACAGCAAAUGAACCAAGCCUACCUGAGCCUCCAACUAAAGCAUUCGAACUGGUUAAUUUGGCCGAUAAGGUAAACCAGAGAGAGCGACAACUUCGCUCUGUGCCAACCGAAGAAGAUGUACUCAAGAAAAUCCUCGGCUUAGAUCAAAGCCAACCAGCCACUGUAAAUAAACUGUUGAAGAACGAUUCGCAGCGCAUCGAUUUGAAUUCAUUGUUUGGAAAGACUGAAAACAAUGUGAAUGAUAUGAGCAAUGGGUUGCCGUUGUUGUCAAGCUUACCAAAGCCACCCACAGCUUGGCAGCAGCAGUCAAAGAACAAGGAGGUGAACAACGUACCACAACAAGUAUUGCCAAAAAAUCUACCUCAAUCGCAAAUACCACAUCAGCAACAGCAACAUCCGUCGUUUCCACCAAAUAUGCCCAUGAAUGUUGGACUACAAAUGCAUCACCAGCCAUUUUAUCCAGCGCCGCCGCCACAUCCACCUAUGCUACCUCCAAUGAACAUGAUGCAAUUUUCACCGCAAGCCAUGCCACUGCAUAUGUAUCGACAACCGUUGUACAUGGGACACGAUUUUCCGAUGUAUCCCGUUAUUCCCGGCCCACAGCCAUUCAUCCAUGUGCAACCGCAACACAUCCGAAUGUCAGGGCCGCCACCUCAGCAUCAAUUCGACGUAAAUAGACAAUCACAUCCACAUUAUGUCAUGCAUAAUUCACCAGAAGGACCACAAAAAUUAAAACCCAAAAACGGUACAAGUAGCGCAUUCAUCCCGUUACAGGCAGCUCGAAAAAGUGUCAAAUUAGGAAAACCUAAUGUAAGCAACGAUUCAGCGAAAAAGGAUGCAAAUUUGGACAAUUCCAAGGAAGAGGAACCUCAACCGGCCCAGAAAUCAGAAGCACAACAACCCGAAACCAAUACGGUUCCAGCAAAAUCAACGCCAGCCAAACCGAACAAAUCAGCCGAGAAGAAAUCAGCGGAAAAACAAUCGAAAGAUAACAAAAAAGAUGCGCCCAAACCAAGCGAUACACCAUUACCAAAACGAUUGGCUUGCAAUUUUUCGGUAAAACCAAACGCCAAAACGAAGUGAAUCAAAAGAAUGAAAUCAAACAGGAAUUUUCAGUACUGAGUGCAGUACCUUUUUAUUGCAAAUUAAAGAAAAAGCGAGAAAAGAUUAAAUUAACAACAAUAAACGAUGACCAUUUUUGCUACGGCAAAAAAGAA